AUGAUCUCGGAUUCUGAAGAUUCGAAUUUGGAUUUGGACUUGGACUCUAAUGAAUAUACCGUAGACGACUAUUACAAAGUAAUUAAACUGCUUUGGGAAUCUAAAGUUACCGUUGUAGGUACUUUGAAUGUCCAUAUGUUAUUAGAGAUACUAGUUGAUUUCAGUUUAUCGCAUACAUUGCAACUAACAAAUACACAAAAAGAAAAGUUGAGUAUUGGUGAUCUCAUAUCAUCCAAAAUCAAUUAUGUGGAUAGUUUGAUUGUACAAGUAAAAACGACAAAAAGUCAAGAAAAAAGCAUUCAAUAUAGCGGCUGUUUCAGGAAUAAGUAUGUUGAGUUUUGUCCCCAUCUAGCCAUAAGUGCCUAUUUGUUUAGUAGGUUCCACAUACGGGAUGAGCUGGGGUCUUUUGAGCUCUCAAUUAGUCGUGAAUCGAACAAUAUUUUGCUUUUGGAAAAUGUCAAGUUGCAGAGAGAUACUCUGUUGCAAGAGAUUUUCUCUAGUCGACAUCAUCAAAUCUUGAGCGAUCUACAAAGCAUAAUUGGACUGAAUAAUAAAGAGAUCAAUCUAAAAGAUUUAAUAUCAGCACAUGGUCAUGGUUUAAAGGAGCCUUUAUUGCUGAAAACAAUUAACCAACUUCCUAAUCAGACUAUUUUGCAAUUGGCAAAUUUCAAAAGUUUCCAGGACUAUUCUUUGGCAAGAAACUUAUUUGAACCUCCAGACGACUUAUUGAACAUGAUUUUCCCGUUUCUAAAAGAAUCACAAGAGACUAUGAGCGAUGACAAAGAGGCAAGAAUCACUAACGUACUAGCAAUGUUGCGAAGAAGUUUAUGCCAGGAUAUGCUAAUAAUAAAAAAAAGGUACCCCCUAAACCCACUAUCCAAAAGUGCAAUUUUCAAUUCUCUCGAAUUUGAAAAAUACGUUAAGCAGGUGGAAGCAAGUGGAAAACUUGAUGCAAUAAUUAAAAACUCUUGCUACAACCCGAGCAGUGAUGAAACCGAAAUCGAUUACGGUGACGAUUGGCCAUCGUCUAGUGAUUUUGAUCCCAAAAAGAAUGACAUAUAUAAAAUUGUUGAACUCCAAAACAAGAGAAUUAAAGCUUUGGAAGAACAAAUACAAGAAAAACAUUCACUGCAAAUGCAAAAAAAUUUACUAAAAUUCAUCAAUGAGCAAGUUGAAGUUUUCCAAAAUCAAAGUGAAUGUCUACAAAAAAUUCAAAACUCCAUAAACGGAUUGCUCAUCCUUUUAUCUUCACAAAAUAAAAACUCUUUCCUACUAGCUCAACAAAAUUUACACGCAUCACAAGACUUGAUAAGUAAUGAAACUCAAAAGAACAUUGCAACCGGGAUUGAUAAUGCCUUGAACUUAUUGUCUAGCUUAAAUAAGCAACAGCAACAAAAAAACCAGCAAGAAAAACAAUCGCAUCAGUCAAAUUUUCAUUUGGUCCACCCUGAACCGCAACAACAUGGGUACCCACCACUUGAAAGUGGAUCACUGCAUCAUAUUUCUCUGAAGGAAGAUCAUUGCCAUCUGCUCAGCUUGCCUCUGAGUCAACCAUCAAGUCAACCCACCAGUUUUCAAUCAAGCUUCAGGUACGAGGGGCAGCCUCAUCUCUCUUCAAUACCUGCCCCAGCUCAACUGCAAUUUAUCUCAUCUUUACCUCCAGGGUCUCCAUUUUAUGGCGUGCAGCCUACAGAGUCGACGGGAUUUGCACAACAGCAACAUCCACUUUAUCACCACCACCACCAGCAACAACAACAACAACAACAACAACAACAACAACAACAACAACAACAACAACAACAACAACAACAACAAGUUGCUUCAGUACCUUCGCAGUCCCAGAAUUUUUUCCCACAUACGUCAACACUGCACUCUCAUGUAGGCCAUCCUGUUUUAUCAGUUGCUGAGAGGAAAUCUGCAAGAGACCUGAUUUUAGAUAAGCGAUUGUCAAGGCAAGCUACUACUCUUUACGAUAUGUGGGAUGAUUUUAAGAGACUAGAAGAGGAGUUAAGAAUUCAUGAUAUCUCAGUCACUGAAUGGCUUAAAGUUCAUGGAAGUUCAGAAAGACAGUUUAGACAUACUCGCUUAAAGAUUAUCAAAUUUGUAGAAGAAGAAGCUCAACGCCGAGGAGUUUCAGUUGAAGUCAUUAAAGAGAAACUUCAUAAUAAGAUGAGAAAUCGAGUCAGGCCUUGGACUCUUGAUGAGGUGCAAAGAAUGUUGACUUCUGGUAGACGAAUUGAAUUGGAUGAUCCUUAG